AUGUCGUCCUUCAGUGUGCCGACUGACUCAGGGACUGGGGGGGACUCGGGCGGUUCGGGCGACAGCCCCAACACUGCCAUGAUCAUCCUGUACAGUAUCACAGGAAUCAUCACAGCUCUCUUCUUGGGAAUUAUCAUUACAGGUGCGGUGCGGGCGCACCGCCAUCCAGAGCGCUACGGGCCCCGCCGGAUUGCCGGACGAGUCCGGCAGAGUCGAGCGAGAGGGAUAGCCCGCGCCAUGUUAGAUACCAUCCCGGUGGUCAAGUACGACGACAAGCCGGACGACGUUGAAGCCGCGAAGCGCGACAUCGAAUUGACCGCCGAGGAUAACACCCAGCCUGCUCCCGGUAACGGUGUGACGGAGCCCAGCCCCGUCUCAGAGCUACCAACCCCGGACGGAGCAGAGAGACCCACUCCGACCGCCCCAGAAGCCAAGACUGAGACAGUGCCCGACGCUGGAAAUCUCUCAUGUCCCAUUUGCACCGAUGAUUUCAUCAAGGGCCAAGACCUACGUGUUUUGCCCUGCAACCACCAGUUCCACAUGGAGUGCAUUGACCCGUGGCUGAUGAAUGUUUCAGGCACCUGCCCACUCUGCCGAAUCGACCUGAAUCCGCCUCAGGCAGAGACCGAGCAAACCGAGGGGACCCCGGACGCUGAAACCACCGAAACCGCAGCAGCGCCAGCAGCAGCCCCGGAGACUGAAAAUACUCAGACGCGACACUCGCGCCGUCUGGCAGACUAUCUCCACGGCCCUCUGAAUGCUCGUCGCAUGCGCGACGCCACCGUCGAGGAACGCCUGGCCGCCCUCCGUCGUGUUCGCGAAGCCAACCAAUCUGCGGGUGAGGAGGGCCGGCGAACCCGUCUGACAACCCGACUGCGUGAGCGGUUCCGUAUCCGAACACGCGCUCAUGGCGAGGCUGAGACCGAGACCGAGGCGCCCGCUGCUCCCGCGCCCGUUCACAUGCCUCCCUCGACUGCAUGA